GGAAUAUAAGACUGGGAUUCUCAUUCAUAUCUCCGACAAAAAGUGAUUUUUGCCUAUUUUACUGUAUAAUUUUUUUUUCAGGUCACAUUCUGUAUGUUAAAUCAUGAUUUUUUUUAUCUUUUUAUGAUUUGAAUGAACGAAGAUUUCAAUUCAAACCUAUUGCAUAGUUCAUUGGUUCUCUUAAAAACGGGUUUACCAAUAUCCUAGUUAUGGAAAUCUCUGUUUAAAUACAAGUCACAAAACUUGGCAGUCUUGCAAAAUACCCGUUAAUCAUGCAGAAUAUUUGAUCUUUUUGAAAACAUGAAAGACAGAAUUUCAACUUCAAACUGUGAACAUUCAAGGUGGGAACUUCCUCAUUCUGACGGAUCAAGCUCUCUGAAAACAUGGAUUUUUAUAUCAGGUUUUUGAAAAGUCUGAAAUAAGAGAACACUUGGUAUACCAGUUGAUUUCUGGUGAAGUGAAGUCACUGGGAGUCAAAAUCAGCACUUAGAAGGAUUGACUGUAGUUUGUAGCAACCACUGGACGUCUGUACAUUCCAAUGUUUGAAUUAUACACCAUUUCCAGUUGACAAUUACUGCUUGCCCAUACUAAUCAGACAAUGGGUAUUUACAGCUUGCUGGAUGACCAGACAUGGUCAUACAUUAUAUUUUUUGUGGCCGUCAUUGGACUUGUGUUGUAUGGAAUGUCAACCUUCUUCAUCAUCAUCUCACAAAUAGGAGGACGUUUCAUCUUGUACAAGAAGGAGGAUCCGAUGACAUUAACAGAUAAUGUACCAGGUGUUUCCAUUAUAAAACCAUUAAUGGGUAUAGACCCGCUUCUAGAAGUGAAUCUUGAAAGUCAUUUUACUCUCAAUUACCCUAAGCUUGAAAUUCUGUGUUGUGUACAAGAUGACCAGGAUCCAGCAAUAAAUGUUGUAAAUAAAAUGAAAGAAAGAUAUCCAAAAGUUGAUUGUAAACUCUUUAUAGGAGGAAAAGAUGAUAUUAUAAAUCCAAUGGUGAAUAACAUGGCACCAGCCUAUGACAAUGCUCAGUAUGAAUAUAUAUGGAUCAGUACAAGUAGAAUAAAAGCUAAUACACAGAUUCUCAUGGACAUGGUAUGUAAACUACAGAAACCAAAUGUUGCCCUGUGUCAUCAGAUGCCUUUUACAACAGAUCAUAAAGGAUUUGCUCAAUCAUUAGAAAAAACAUAUUUUGGCGGCGCAUUUGCCAGGUAUUACCUAGCGUUUAAUGUAUUGGGGCUGUGCUGUGCUACAGGAAUGUCGUACAUGGUUAAAAAAGUUUUACUGGAUGAGGUGCAUGGCCUCAACUGGUACGGCAAAUAUCUAGCGGAGGACUUCUUCCUAACAUAUGCACUACAUGAAAAAGGCUACAGACUGGUUCUGUCAGCAUAUCCAGCUCAACAAAAUCUUGCACAAACAGAGGUCAUGGGGUACAAAAAUAGAAUGGUCAGAUGGCUGAGAUUGCGGUUAAACAUGAUGCCGUUGGUUAGCGGCUUCCUCGAGCCACUGACGGAAUGUAUUCCGAUUGGAAUGUAUGCCGCAUGGUCACUGUACCAUUUUCUUGGCAUAAACCCAUAUAUAUUCUUCUCCGUCCAUAUAGUCGCGUGGCUUGUGUCUGACUAUUUACUUCUACGCAUGGUACAGGUAGGCCAUUCGAUGUUGAAUCUUCCAACACCGACUAAGAGCCAAGGAUGCUUAUUUUAUUAUAAACAUGGUAAUCCACCAUUUUCCAAACUGCAGUAUCUGUUUGCAUGGUGUCUUCGCGAGUUUCUGGCAGUGUGGGUCUUUUUUGAAGCCCUAAUCUCUCCAAGGACAAUAACAUGGGGCAAAAGAACUUACAAACUGUCCCUUGGGGGUCAUACAGAAAUUGUCAGUGACAAAGCCAGGGCAAAAGCUGAAUUGUAGCACACGGUUGCGUAUACCAUGUCGGUAACGCCAUAAAAUAUCAUCCAUGUCAGAUCAUGAAAUCAUCAUGUAAAUAGAUGUCAAAUGAGAUCAUGCACAGUGACCAUCAUGAACCGUGAUAUUCCAAGUAUUUUUUUAUUGCGUGAAUCAACAUAAUACAUGUAAGAUCAGAAGAUAUAAAAAGAGUUGCAAAUGUGACUAAAUUGCCCUUCCAUACUAUGUAUUUGUAGAUCAUGUACACAGAAAUUCAGUGGCAUGUUACAGCAGACAAGAUUUUUGUUGAUUAUGUUCGAAAUAACUGAUACUGAACCAAGUAUAAUUGUGUGAUAUACCAGGUUGAAUUACAUGUGAUUCAUUCGGAGUGUUCAUGAUCAUGGACCAAGUUGAGUAAUUGUGUACAAGAAGGUUCAUGAACAAAGUUAGGGAUAUAAAACAAAGUUAAGUUACAUUAGAUUCAUUUACAAGGUUGUUAAAGAAAGACAAGUUUUGAAUACCAAUACAAGUAUGCGUCUUAAGCUAUUGACAGACAUGAAUCGUGCAACAAAGUAUAGAGAUCAGUUUGGUCACCAACAAGACCAUGCAGGAGAUGAAAACAGAUGUAUAAUUGAGUCUGGUAUAAAGUAGAGGCGAUGGAACAGUGACAAGGGAAGCUGUUCUUGCAAGCUUGCAUGAAGUUAUUCAAAAUGGGUGGAAAUACAAACCAGUCUGAAGACUCUGGUAUCUGAUAGGUAGCCUCGGCACACAAUUUGAAAUUAACCAGUGGCAGGGCUGUAUUCUCAGACUGGUCUUAAAACUCAAGUUUUACACCUUUCUGGCCAGUUCUAAUAAAAGCAUACAGUCUGUUCAUUGGAUAUGAUAAAAUUAUUAUGUGGGAGAACAGGGAAUUUUUGUAAGUGAUAUAUGAGCCAUGCCAUGA